UCAUUUUGGAUUCGCCAUCAUAACUAACCGCGUGCUUCCCACUGCUGCGUUUCCAGUAUAUGUGCUGCUGUCAACCUAUGUGGAUACAAGUGGUGCUGUUGUCGAUCCAUUUACCGACGCUGUCUUUACACAGAUAAAGCCAUGAAUCAAGAGAAACUCGCCAAACUCCAGGCCCAGGUCCGAAUAGGUGGAAAGGGAACCGCUCGCAGGAAGAAGAAGGUGGUCCACAGAACAGCCACAGCUGACGACAAGAAACUGCAGAGUUCCUUGAAGAAACUGUCAGUGAAUAACAUUGCUGGAAUUGAGGAAGUGAACAUGAUAAAGGACGACGGCUCAGUGAUCCACUUCAACAACCCCAAGGUGCAGGCGUCCCUCUCUGCCAACACGUUUGCCAUCACGGGCCACGCUGAGAACAAACAGCUGACUGAGAUGCUUCCUGGUAUCCUGAGUCAACUGGGGGCCGACAGUCUCACCAGCCUCCGCAAGUUGGCCGAACAGUUCCCACGCCAAGUGCUGGACAACAAAGCAAUCAGUAAACCAGAAGAUAUUGAGGAGGAGGAGGAUGAUGUCCCAGACCUCGUAGAAAACUUUGAUGAGGCAUCCAAGGACGAAGCCAACUAGUGAAUCCACCUCCAACACCCCCCCCCCCCCCCCCCCCC